UGGCACUCUUCCCCAAGGAUCCCCGCGCAAGCGAUGCACGCGCAGCCACAAGCAUCCUCAGAGCAGGGCCGGGCUGCGGGCAGGCUCACAGCUCUGCGCUGUCCGGCUGGGGAUGAGCUACCAGCACACCGGGGACGCGCGUGUUGCAUACUCAGGAGCCGUACUCUGCUCGAGGAGGCUUCACACUAGCGUUGUCACGCCUUGACCAUGAACGGGUACCUGAAUGAAUCCAAUUUCGUGAUGGUGGAGGAGGGCUUCACCAGCAGGGACCUCCUGGAGAGCAGCCUGGUGGAGCUGUGCCAGGCGGGUGACCAGCAGGCCUUCUUCGUGGCAGACCUUGGGGACAUUGUGAAGAAACACCUGCGCUUCCUGAAGGCCUUGCCUCGAGUGAAGCCCUACUUCCCUGUGCGGUGCAACAGCAGCGGAGGGGUGAUGCGGCUGCUGGCGGAGCUGGGGGCAGGCUUUGCCUGUGCCAACAAGACAGAGAUUGCAGAGGUUCAAAGCAUUGGGGUCCCAGCUGACAAGAUUUUCUACAGCAGCCCUUGCAAGCAGGUUGCCCACGUCAAAUAUGCAGCCAGCCAUGGUGUGCAGCUGAUGACCUUUGACAACGAGGUGGAGCUGGGCAAGGUGGCCCGGAGCCACCCGCAAGCCAGGAUGCUUUUGGGUAUUGCUGCUGACCCCAGCCCUUCUGCCCAUCCAAGCAUGAUGUUUGGGGCCACGCUCAAGUCCUGCCGACGCCUGCUGGAGUCAGCAAAGGAGCAAGAUGUGGAGGUUGUCGGCAUCAGCUUUCACCUUGGGAGCCACAGCCUGGAGCCCCAGGUUUUUGCCCAGGCUGUCGCAGAGGCACAACUGGCAUUUGACAUGGGCACAGAGCUGGGCUAUCGAAUGCACCUCCUGGACAUCGGAGGGGGAUUUCCUGGCACCGAGGACACCAGAGCCCAGUUUGAGGAGAUUGCUGCUGUGAUAAACUCUGCACUGGACAUGUAUUUCCCGGAAGGCUGUGGGGUGGAGAUUGUUGCCACACCGGGGCGAUACUAUGUCACCUCAGCCUUCACCUUUGCAGCCAGCAUCACUGGCAAGGAAGAGGUUCCCAUGGAGCAGCCAGGCUCUGAUGGGGAAGAGUCUGGCAGCAAGAGGAGCCUCGUCUAUCACCUCAGCGAUGGCAUCUACGGUACCUUCAGCUGUGUCCUGUUUGACAGUCCCUGCCCCAAGCCUCUGCUGCACAAGAAGCCCUGCCCAGAGCACCCCUUGUGCAGCAGCAGCCUCAGGGGUCCCCUGGGUCACGCAGAGGACCAGAUUACCAAUGAUGUGGAGCUGCCUGAGCUGCAGGAUGGGGACUGGCUGAUUUUUCGGGACAUGGGUGCCUACACCAUCGCAACUUCAUCCCUGUGCGGUGGGUGUCCCCGGCCACACGUCACCUAUGCCAUGUCCCGCCUGGCCUGGAAGGCCCUCCAGCUCCUCCAGGGGAAGCCACCGCCAGCAGAAGAUGACCAUGAGAGCGCCUGCACUCCGCUAUCAUGCGGCUGGGAGAUGGUGGAGUCCCUCUGCGUCCCACCGGUCUUCACCCCAGCCAGCAUCAUCUGAGCAGGGAAGGCCCACGCCAGCACCCUGCACCCACAGAGCUGCAGGCACAGCUCAGCAUAGCACGGUCCUGCUCCUCCUGCUUGUACGGUGCUGCGUGUGCUCAGCAGGUUUGGGUGCUUUCAUAGGAGUUAUGGUAAUAAAUGGGUGUUGAGCCUGGCUCGGGUUUUGCCAUG